AUGUCUCGCGAACGGACGAAUACCGGCGGUAGCAGCAGUGCAGCCGGCAUUCCCGCUGUCGCCUCUUUGCGAGAACGCACCAACACUGGAGGUUCUAUGCGUUCAGUUGAGAGCCAGGAUUUGGAAUCCGUCCGUCUUAUGUCGCCUCGGCGGUACAGCAACAAUUUGGCACCGAGCCCUUUGUCGAAGAACUCAAUGUCAAACGUUGCAACUCGACGUCGUAGGAUUGUCGACUGGAUUCAAACACAAUACAUUCCGAAAGCAUUUACACGACAGAAAACGCAAGUAGUGCCCUGGGUUACAGGCUUGGACCGAGUUGUCUUUGGUUCGACGAGUGCUGCGGAAGCUGUUACUAUUGCUGGGAUACAACCCCCAAGGUAUCUUUGGUACAUGAUCAGUGGUUUCCUUUGCGACAUCUUGCAGUUCACAUUUGACUUUUUCUUGUACCACGCUUUCAAGGUGAACGACGCUUCUCUUUGCUGGGCCUUGAGUUUCUUCAUCUCCAUUGUAUUUCGGCAUACGUCGCAUCGUUAUCUUGUUUUUGGCGACUAUAUUGGUGGAUACUGGGCAAGCCUAAUUCGAAUGUACGCCGGCUAUUCCAUCAUUAUCGUACUGAGUACGAUCUUCAAUGCUCUUGUCACUAAAGUCUGGCAUAUUUCCCACGGUAUUGCGUGGGUAUCAACGUUGCUGUGGACAGGGAUUGCAAAUUAUUUUAUUUUGAAAAAGAUUUGGAGUUUUGGAGGAUCCAGUAGCGGAACGCCUGUAUCACAGAAUCGGGUGUGA